GUUCGUGAUUUACAAGCCCGAGUCGAGGGGAGGAAAGUCGGAGGCUCGAGGGGACAUCCGUUAUCACAGCACAUCCUGGAUGCCGACCUGCCCCAAGGUUUUCGUGAUCUAAACAUAAGUUAUGACGGGUCGACCGAUCCAUCUCGUCACAUGAGGAGCUUCGAGAAUAUGGCGGUCUUGCAUCGCUAUAAUGACCCUGUGCAAUGUCGAGCUUUCCUAACCACCUUGCGGGGAUCUGCACAGGAUUGGUUCCACCAACUACCAGCGGGAGCCAUCAAGGAUUUUGAAGGAUUUAGUGCGAGUUUUCUUAAUCAAUUCGCAAGUGUGAGACCACAGAAGAAGUCAUAUUUGAGCUUAAUGGGUAUCCAGCAAAAGGAAGGUGAGUCGCUACGAGAUUAUGUGUCAAGGUAUAUGCGAGCAUGUGUCGAGGUGCCCAGGGCAUUGGAGGAGAUAAAGGCAGGAGGAUUGACACGAGGGUUGCUACCGGGCUUGUGCAGGAAUUCUCUGGCAAAACGCCCGGGUAGAACGUUCGACGAAGUGCUGGGGAGAUGCGCGAAGUAUAUGAAUGUCGAGGAGGUGGAGAUCGAUUUCUCGCGAACAGCUAAAGAAAGCAGAGCUGACCCUCGGGAAGAAAGAAGUGAGAAGAGAAUUUCCUCGGCUGGGGAGAGAAAGGGGUCCCCGCGAGCAGAAAGAGAGGGGCGACCUAGGAGUUGGAGGCCGACUCAAUACACCCCUUUGUCGGCCCCUCAAGCGCGAAUUCUGGAAGUAAUGGAGAAAGAAAUUCAUGACAAUGUUGUCAGAUGGCCCAAAACGAGAAAAGAUGGACCAACGAGACUGAAGAGUAACCUAUACU